CUACAGACAGACAGAGACCGGUCAGUAACGGACCGAACCGAGAACCGCGCAACAUUCCACCCGAACCAUGUCGUGGCUGUUCGGCCUGAAUAAAGGACAGAGCGGGGCGGGUCCGGAGCCUCCGAUCCCACCACCACCACCACCACCUCCUCCACCAGCCGGCGGAUCAGGGGGCAGCGGGGGAGAUAAACCCAAGGACAAAUGGAGCAACUUCGACCCCACCGGGCUGGAGAGAGCCGCACAGGCCGCCAAAGAGCUCGACCGAUCCCAUCAUGCCAAGGAGGCGCUGGAUUUGGCGCGCAUGCAGGAGCAGUCGGUGCAGAUGGAGCAUCAGAGCAAGAUGAAGGAGUAUGAGGCGGCGCUGGAGCAGCUGAAGGGCGACCAGAUUCGGAUUCAGGGUGAGGAGAGGAGGAAAACGCUGAACGAAGAGACCAAGCAGCACCAGGCGAAAGCUCAGUACCAGGACAAACUGGCCCGGCAGCGCUACGAGGAUCAGCUCCGACAGCAGCAAGCCCUGAACGAGGAGAACCUGAGGAGGCAGGAGGAGUCCGUGCAGAAGCAGGAGGCCAUGAGGAAAGCCACCAUCGAGCACGAGAUGGAGCUGAGGCACAAGAACGAGAUGCUGCACGUGGAGGCCGAGGCUAAAGCUCGCGGCCGGGUGGAGCGAGAGAACGCCGACAUCAUCAGGGAGCAGAUCCGCCUCAAAGCAGCCGAGCACAGGCAGACGGUGCUGGAGAGUAUACGAACCGCCGGCGCGGUGUUCGGUGAAGGGUUCAGAGCUUUUAUAUCAGACUGGGAUAAAGUAACGGCUACGGUGGCAGGACUCACGCUGCUGGCGGUGGGCGUGUACACGGCCAAGAACACCACGGCGGUGGCGGGUCGGUACAUCGAGGCCCGACUCGGGAAGCCGUCGCUGGUGAGAGAGACCUCCCGCAUCACCGUGUCGGAGGCCGUCAAACACCCCGUCAAGAUGACCAAGCGCCUGAUGAGUAAAGCUCAGGAUGCCCUGGAGGGCGUGGUCCUCAGCCCGUCGCUGGAGGAACGUGUACGUGACAUCGCCAUAGCAACACGCAACACCCGCCAGAACCGAGGUCUCUAUAGGAACAUCCUGAUGUACGGCCCGCCGGGGACGGGCAAAACGCUCUUCGCCAAGAAGCUGGCAGUGCAUUCUGGGAUGGAUUAUGCCAUCAUGACGGGAGGAGACGUGGCCCCUAUGGGACGAGAGGGCGUGACCGCCAUGCACAAAGUGUUCGACUGGGCCAACACCAGCCGGAGAGGGCUGCUGCUGUUCGUGGACGAGGCCGACGCCUUCCUGCGUAAGAGAUCCACGGAGAAGAUCAGUGAAGAUCUCAGAGCCACGCUGAACGCCUUCCUGUACCGAACCGGCGAGCAGAGCAACAAGUUCAUGCUGGUGCUGGCCAGUAACCAGCCCGAGCAGUUCGACUGGGCCAUUAACGACCGUAUCGACGAGAUCGUGAACUUCGCCCUGCCGGGACCUGAGGAGAGAGAGCGACUGGUGCGGCUGUACUUCGACAGAUACGUGCUGGAGCCGGCCACCGGGGGGAAGCAGAGGUUGAAGCUGGCGCAGUUCGACUACGGCAGGAAGUGUUCGGAGAUCGCAGAGCGUACGGAGGGCAUGUCUGGCCGUGAGAUUUCCAAACUGGGCGUGGCCUGGCAGGCCGCGGCGUACUCCUCUGAGGACGGCAUGCUGACCGAGGCCAUGAUCGACGCCCGCGUGGACGACGCCAUCCGCCAGCACCGGCAGAAGAUGGACUGGCUGCACGGAGACGAGGGGCGCGCCUCCGCCUCUGCCCAGCAGGGGGUGCACCUGGGGGGCAAAGGAGAAAACCUGGGCUUCACUGUGCCCCAGGAUGAGUCUCUGGUCGUUCCUCCUCACGCCCAGGAGGUCCUGUCACCCCUACAGGGGGGUUCCGGUCCGGACUGUAGCGUUCCACUACAGGAGCAGAAGGAGGUGCCACCUAAAGAUGGGACGCCAGUUUAACUACAGUUUACAGGCCGUAUGAGGACACAGAGUUUGUCCUGAGCAUCUAGGUCAGUGGUGCUCGUUCUUCUCCACUGAGGAACACGCUGAGGAACACGCCGGCCUGGUCUGGAUAAGAGCGAGCACCACUGAUCUAGAUGAACUGGGGGGGUUGGUGUGGACGGCAGGCUGAUUAUAGAUCAGAUCAGGUCAGCUGAAUUGCUAAACACCACACCCGCCCCGUCCUGCGUAUAAAUCCAAAACCACUUCCUGGAGUGCGCCUGUGAGAAUUUGUGUCCGUUCAGUCGUUCCUGAGGACAAGAAGGCCUGGCUCACGGUUGAUGUUCCGAUUCAUCCCAAAGAUCCAAAUGAAGCGUAGGCUGAUAGUCUGCGGCUCUCCUCGGCCAGGACGGUGACUGGACUCGAGCUGCGUUUGUUUUUGUGCUGUAAAUCGACCUGGUUGACGUCUGAAUUUGGCAUAACGUGGGCGUCGCCGGGAUGCAGUCGUCGUGGGAACAGGAAGUGGUUUUGGAUUUCAUGGGCUAACGUGCUGUAGGUGGAACGGGGGGGGGGGGG